AUCAUUUGCAAAUUGGGCGGGUCUUAGCAAGUUUAUCACCAUCCUCACGAUGUAAAUUAAAGUCGGUUGCUUAGCGCCGGUAUUUUUGCUUUUAAGAAAGUGACGGGAAAUUGCUAGUUUUCCGCCUACAACUAAGUCAAAUCUAUUUCACGGGAGGAUAAAUAGAGGUGAAAGAGGUUCGAAGAGGGUUUGUUAACUUCCUAGUAGAGCUUAUUAUUGCCCAAUGAGUUGUUGACACAGUGCUGGUGUUUAUAUUCGCGUUUAUCCGGUGAUGGCGGAAGUUUUUUUGGGGCACGCGCUGCUGAAUAAAGACGGUGAUGCGGUUGACCCAGAAGAGUCACUUCGUAAUAAAGUAGUCGGGUUGUAUUUCUCCGCCGGAUGGUGCCCUCCGUGCCGAGACUUCACCCCGGUGCUGAGUGACUUUUACACGGAGCUGGUGGAGGAGAGCGACCCUCCUGCUCAGUUCGAAAUUGUGUUUAUAUCCUCAGAUAAAUCCGCCGAGGAGAUGGCGGAAUACUAUCAGGACAUGCACGCAGACUGGCUCGCGCUGCCCUGGACCGACCAGUACAAGCACGAACUGAAAAAGAGGUACAACAUCACAGCUGUGCCCAAGCUGGUGAUUGUGAAGGAGAACGGGCAGGUGAUCACGGACAAAGGCAGGAAGCAGAUUCGUGAUCAGGGCCUGGCCUGCUUCAGGAACUGGUUGGAAGUAGCCGAAAUCUUCCAGAACUUCAAAUGCUAGUGAUAUCCAAGUUUUUGUCCUUGUGUGACGGGCUAGCAAAGAAAUGCUGCAUCUCAGAUGGGGGCGGGGCUUGAGGAGAUGGUGGUGGUUGUGAUGGUCCUGGACGCUUUAGAAUUACAGUUUACAAAUUAUUUUUAAAGACUUUUGCUACCUCUUAGUUUAAUUUUUUAACCUGAAGAGCAGUUUUCCUCAGCUGUAGGAUAAUGGAUAAGCUUGUGUUGUAUGGAGGACAGUCGCUACACUGCUACUCAGGGACUGUUUUAUGUCUAGCAUUGUCAUGGUGCUUCAGAUUCCCCGGCGUUUCAUUAAAACACUGUGAUGUAUUCCCCAAA